GUCACAAACAAAGACUAGGCCUCAUUCUAGCUUCCGUCAUUUUUCGCCCGAAGACCAUACCCACCAAGCUGACUACUCGGCUGACACAAAGACCAUUCCCGAUACUGGCUGGCGCGGUUCUCCUCCCAUCCCCUCAUCCGACGGUGGUGAUUCUGAGAAAGAUUGGAUGUUAAAGCCGCCAUACAACUGGUCGCCAGCGCGUGAUCAAGACGGCAAGGAGCUCUUCAAGACAAAAUACGAGUCGUCCUGCUGGUGCGGUGCGGUGCGUUUUGCUUUUGCGGGCGACCCAUUCGAUGCGAAGCUUUGCCACUGUAGACAAUGCCAAGGGCUGCACGGUGCUCCCUUUCAGUGGGCAGUCAUCUUUCCAAAGACAAGUGUUCGGAUUCUGGAGAAUAACGGCGAUGCUCUCCACUGCUUCUCUACCACGACGAAGAAAAAUAGUCAUCAUGUCCCGUGCAAAGUCUCCUGUGACAUCUGUCGGGCGUCACUUUUCGAUGAAGGGAAGCGCACGGUACUUGCAUACCCUAGUGGCUUCAAAUUUCCCCCUGUCAAAGCACGCUUGAACGCUGCUGACGCAAAAGAUGGCGAAGCGGUGGAAACAGGUGAAGGGCUCUACGACCUACGGCACGAGGAUAUCCAUCCUCCAAGUCACUAUGGUGGAGUCCCUCUCGAGUUUCAACCCAGUUGCCAUAUUUUCUAUGGUCAGCGCAUCAUGGAAGUGUGUGACGGAAUUCCAAAGUGGAGAGGCCAUAAGGAUAACAGUGAGCUCAUGCAGGAGAUGAGCGAUGUGUCAGGUAUUACGCCUAGCUAACAAGUGGUGUGAUGAGGAGCUUCACCCAUGAGAUGACAUUGAUAGAUUUGAUUAGCCUCGAAAUAAGCCUGACUACGUCUUGGAAAGAGAAGAGUGUCGACCUUGACUUGUCCGUGGUAGUACAAAUCAAGCUGGCCACGAGCCCAACUUGAUACCAUGAAGAAUCUGUCGCGGUCAGAUCAUGCUGAGAUAUCUGAAAAGUAAUGGUUCCUGGAAGAAAAUUGUGCAUUAAUCUCAUACUCACAGAAUGUUUGGUACGAGUCA